AUGGCCUCUUUCACCAACAUCAAAUACACCCCCGCCGAGGAAACCGAGCUCAAACAAUGGACACUCACCUCCGAGCGUCUCAAGAGCUCCAGCUCCGAAACUCCAUCCCUCCUUGAUUCCCUCAACACCCAUUUAGCAUCCCGAACAACCUUACUUGGCUCCAAGCCCUCUUCUGCCGAUGUCGCCAUUUAUGAGAGUUUAGCGCCUCAGGUUGCGAAGUGGAGUAGCGAGGAACGAACUGGAGAAAAGGGUCAUCCUAACAUUGUGCGCCAUGUCGAUUUCGUGCAGAAUUCGUCUAUCUUCGGGUUGAACGUUGGAGAAGAGCAGAAGGUUAAGGUUGAUGCGGAGGAAAUUCUCUACGUUAAACCGCCCGUUGAUGCUAAAGCCGAGAAGGAGCGAUUGAAGAAGGAGAAAGCUGCUGCGGCGGCCGCAGCAGUUGGGGGUGAACCAAAAGAAUUGGCAGAUCGAACCAAGGGAAACGGCGACAAGGGACUUUUGGCUCAAGUCACUGAGAAGGUUGCAGAGGCAAAAGAUACAGUAGUUGCAGCUGUAACUGGCGAACAACCACAACAGCCCAAGCAAAAGAAAGAGAAGAAGGAAAAAGCGCCCAAACCUCAAAAGGCUCCAGCUCCAACUGCCCCUCUUUCUCCAUGUUUGAUUGAUCUCCGCGUAGGUCAUAUCUUAAAGGCCAUCAAGCAUCCCGAGGCCGACUCUCUCUUUGUCUCUACCAUUGCUAUGGGUGAUAAAGCCGGAACCGACGAUACCACCGAAUACGAAGGACAAGUCGUGCGAACCGUCUGCUCGGGUCUCAACGGACUCGUCCCCUUGGCAGAAAUGCAAGGACGCAAAGUAGUCGUAGUCUGCAACCUCAAACCUGUCAAGAUGCGCGGCAUCAAAUCAUGCGCCAUGGUUCUAGCCGCAUCUCCCAGACUAAAGGAAGGAGAAGAAGAUCACCACGCCGGGCCCGUAGAACUCGUGACUCCACCCGCCGAAUCUGUGGCUGGCGAACGCGUCUUCUUCGAGGGAUGGAAGGGAGAACCCGAGGGGGUUCUAAACCCCAAGAAGAAGGUGUGGGAGAUGAUCCAGCCGGGUUUCACCACAACCGCGGAUUUGGAAGCGGCGUUUGAUGCGGGGGUAGUGAAGGAGUUGAGUAAGGAAGGAGAGGAUGCUAAGACUGGGGUUGGAAAAUUAGUCACGGAGAGUGGUAGUGUUUGCAAGGUUAAAACUUUAGCUGGGGGUAUCAUUAGAUAG